AUGGCCGGUCCAUUGUCGCUUCGUGCCACCAGCACCAUUCAGGUCAUCCUCGCCCAGUCCACAUUCCCGGCUGAAAGCACCGACUUCAACUUCGACGACACAUAUGGGACGUUCACUGUUCAUCGUGUACUCACCGAGCCCAUAGCUGUGCGAUGCACCACAUGUGGUAAGCUUCAUAGCUUCAAGAUCGACCCGCAUGAGUGGAAAGUUGAGGUCGACGAAAACGCCACGCCCAGCGCAGGAGAAGUCAAUUCAUUGGGAAGCAAUGUCAAGUACGUUCAUUUCCACGGUAUCGCGAUCACACCACCUCAGAUCACUGACAUUGAGGACCACAAGACACAGACUGACGACCAAGAACAUGUCCACACAAUCAGCACAAAAGUUGAGAUUGCAGCUGUACUGAAUAAUCUACAAAAGCAGCUCGGAAAUCUGCAGCUGGGCUAUCACCACUGGCUGUUUGCAUCAGAGAAUUGUCGAACCACCACCUCUAUCUCCAGCAACCUUGAGACCUUUCCGCUGUCCACAGCCAAGAAGGUUGCCUUCAUCAGAACGGCAUGGCUCCGUCUCUUGGAUAGUAUGUGCGAGCCACAAUGUAUCAGCGCUGGACCUCUCUUCAACGACCACAUCGGCGUGCAUCUCGAUCAGUGGCUCAUGAAGAUCAAAAAAGGACCGGGUCUCGGCUCUCUCGUUGUCCUUCUUCGCGGCAUGAAGACUGCUGGUGUACUUGACGUUGAGAACGCAUCCAUUAGUGAAAGCUCAAGACGCAGUCAUCCGAUGGACAGAAUGAAUCCCAAGCAGAUGCUCACCGUUGAGAAAGUAUCCGCAUGCAAAAGCUUCCGAUUCAGUCAGCAGGCUAGCACACUUGACCCAAAGCAGAUUCUCGCCUGGCAGGAUGUUUGCGAGAAGAUCGUGCUCCGAGCCCAUGACGCCGAGGGGACGUACUUUGCUUGGCAAUUCUCUCCCGAAGGUGACUUUCGCGCUCCGUCAUUCGGUGUACGUGAGAUGCUCAGAGAGCUUGCGGUGAAGAACAGCACUAUCAGGUUCUUCCAGAAAAGGCACACGAAGAGUUCCGUCGAUCUUGACACCCAGCUUGCUCGAGCGUUGAACGGCGUGAUGAAUGUGCUUGGACCGCUCGCACUUUACAAGGCGGAUGCGACGCUUCAGGCUCAGUCUGCGGUAGCUGUUCGCGAGAAAGUACUUGCGAAGAUGAAGGCAGGAGCAUAUGGUCGUAUGCAUGGAAGUUUCAUUCAGGCCGUGAAACGUGUGCAGUAG